GAGUUGAACGAGUGCGCAUCGAAUCCAUGUCUGAACGCAGCUACCUGUCUUAAUCUCGUCAAUCAGUUUAAGUGCAUCUGCACUGACGAGUUCACAGGCACUCACUGCCAACAUGGUAAUGAUGAUGAUGAUGAUGAUGACAUGAUGAUGAAGAUGAUUGUGGCUAUGAUGGUGAUGAUAGUGCAGACGAUGUUGAAAGUGGUAUGA